AUGAGCCGGCAAUUACAUCUGGACACUUCCAAUCUGGGAGCAAAUGUUCACCGAAGAUAUUCUUUUCUCGAGACGCCAAUGGAGAUGCAUGCUCCGGGUCAGCAGUAUAAUGAGCAACGAAAUAAUGAGCAACAAUUCGAUCGCCAACAGGAUAAUGGCGACCAGCAAUUGGAUGCUCAACAGUAUAGCGAGCAACAGCACGGACAGCAUUAUGACAGCCCGCAACACCACACUGAACAAUACAACGGCCAACAAUAUGAUGGGCAGCAACAUAACGCUCAACAGUAUCACGGACAGCAAGAAAUCGCCCAGCAGUAUCAUGGACAGCAAUAUGUGCAACAAUACGGACAACAAUAUACCGGGCCACAGUAUGACGCUCAACAAUUUAAUGUCCAGCAGUAUAACGGACAGCAACAUAUUAUUCCACAGCAUAAUUCUCAGCAAUAUAAUGGAGAACAGUAUCAUGGGCAACAGCACAAUAACCAACCAUUUUCGCCGCAAAUAUACUCCCCCGAUCAAAUCCAGCAACACACAGUGGUACCUAUUCAAUCACCAAGCAUAUACAACGAAAAAGCGCAACACCUACUGCAAAAUCCGGUCACAUCUCCUUAUAAUGCUCCGCCACCGGAACAGCAUCCUGCAAACUAUGCUCCCUAUGCCGAAGACACCAUCCAGUCAACCCGUCAAAUAGAAGUCCAAGCGCCGCAGUAUUCGUACGCAGCGCCUCCGAAUUCCCCGGGACCACUUCCGAUCAAGACGAGCCCAGAGGCUUCAGAGCAGGCACGAGAGACACAAGCUGUAGCGGUUGCGCCAGAUACAAACCCCCUCCACUCGCCUACCUUUCCUCGCUUCCCUCCACCAACAGCUAGAAGUACACCCCAGUUAGCCGCCUCGGAUGAUAUCACGGCAUACCAUCAGCCGGGACAAAUAGCUCACCCGAACCAGGUGAUCAAAGGAGGAACCUGGAGACACAGUCUAUGCGAUUGUUCCAAUAUUUGGACUUGCUGCCUCGGAUUAUUAUGUCCUUGUAUAUUAUACGGAAAGACACAGCAUCGUCUUUCCCUCAAGUCAAAGAACGAGGAUCCGACAAAUAUGUUGGGCUAUGAGACGUGCAAUGGAUCGUGUACAGCAAUGGCUUUGCUCUGCGGUUGCCAAUGGCUCUUGGCAACUAUUCAACACAAUCGGACACGAAAGGCCUAUGGUAUCAGAGGCGAUGUUGGGUCGGAUUGUGUCCGAGCAACUUGCUGCACCUGCUGCACGCUCAUUCAAGACGAAACAGAAAUCAAGAAACGAGAAGAGGAACGCGGAAAAGCUGCCAUCGCCACCGGAGCAGCCUUGGUAUCCCCAUAUACUGCACCAGUGCAGAUGACAUAUGGCCCACCGCCACGAUAA